UAUCCAGUUGCCUGCAUUUCCCUUUCGCCGUCGACGAUUAUGACGGAGAAAGAAAAAAUGGGGUUAUGUUAGGUUAAGUUCUUAGUUGUCAACUUGAAACAUAUAAGUUCAAAGCUAACUUUUUCGUAUGACUUGAUAUGAUACGAACUCGAAUGCAGAACAAAAGUAUAGAAACUAUGUCUUAUUUACGUGACUGGAGACAAGCACUACGUGCUCCUCACGUCUACAGAGUUGCCAAUAGUACUUUUCGCAUUCAAAGUCAGUAUUUAGCUUUAAUUUUCUUACUAUUAACUGUGCCUCUAUUUUUACUUGGAUUCCCCUUGUUACGUGGAGUAGUACGCUCCUCGCCAUCGAAUCCGUUUUUAACACAAUGUCGAUAUUAUAAAUACAAUAAAACGUACCCUUUGUCAACUCCAUUUAAAACUUCAAAGGGUAUUACCUAUAGAAUAGCAAUAGUAAGUGAUCUUGACCAUAACUCCAAAAGUUUAGAUAAAAAGAACAUAUGGCACAGCAUUAUGAAAACUGGAAGUCUCUUUUGGAACCCUAGCACAAAUUUAAUUACUAUCCUUUGGGAUGACAGAAAUCAAAUGUUAACAUCAUCUUUAACUAUGAAAGGACGUGGAAUGGAAUUAUCUGAAUUAGUCACGUUUGAUGGACGGUUAUUGUCUUUCGAUGACCGUACUGGAGUUAUAUAUUUUAUAGAAGGAGAAGAAGCUUACCCAUGGGUCAUAUUAAUGGAUGGUAAUGGCAAAAAUACUAAAGGAUUUAAAUCUGAAUGGGCAACUGUGAAAGAUGAACAUUUAUACGUUGGCAGUAUGGGCAAAGAAUGGACUACUCCUUCAGGAGAGUUUGAACACAAUAAUCCCCUCUGGAUAAAAGUAGUAUCUUCCCGUGGUGAAAUUGAGUCCUUGAAUUGGAUUUCAAAUUAUAAAAGAUUACGGCAAGCAAUUAACAUUGAAUAUCCAGGUUAUAUGAUACACGAAUCAGGAGCCUGGAGUGAUAUACAUAAAAGGUGGUUUUUUUUACCAAGAAGAUGUUCUCACGAACGUUACAAUGAAACUAAAGAUGAAACAAUGAGUUGUAACAUAUUACUAACUGCGGAUGAAAAUUUUGUAGACAUUAAGGUUACCAAAAUUGGUAAUUUAAUUCCAAUUAGAGGAUUCUCAAGUUUCAAGUUUUUACCGGGCUCCGAAGAUUCAAUCAUUGUAGCUCUUAAAACUGAAGAAUAUCAGGGACAAACUGCCACAUACAUUAUGGCAUUUACUAUUGAAGGGAACAUAAUAAUGCCUGAAGCGAAAGUGUUGGAUAAGAAAUUUGAGGGCUUAGAAUUUAUAUGACAUUCCUUUUAGGGAUAAUACUAUUAAAUUAUACAGAUGUAAAUAAAUGUACAGAUUUUAUAAAUCUAUAUUGUUAAGAGAUUUUAAAUAAGACUAUGUAAAUUAUUUUACAUAGGUUGUUUUUAAACCGUCAGUAUUGUUCUUGUUAAAACACAAAUACGCUGACUGUGCUUUCAGAAAAGGUAUCCACACACUCGUAUAUAUAUAAUAUAUUAACAUGUAAAUGCUUUUCAAAGUUUAUCAUUGAUUAUAAGUAUAUAAAAUAAAGAAAUAAUC